AUGAAGGCCGAAGUGUGCUUCUUCCUCUUGGCACUUAUCCUGAGGGGGGAGCACAUCCGAGCUGUAUACAUGCAGAGGAAGCCCAACAAAGUCCUAUUUCUGAAUUACGCGUCCGCAAAGAAUGGUGCAAGCGCUUGGAGUGUGACCGUCGACGGGAAAAAAGGGGAUGCACACCAGAGGACGAUGAAGGCCCAUGUGGUGGGGUCAAAAAAGGUGGACGAGCCAGUGGUGAAGACAUUUCAACUCGACGAGAGGAACACUAGGGUAGGACCCUAUAGUAAAAAAGAAAACAAUGUAGACGUUGCAGGAGCCAAGGAAUGCCUCCCCAAUUGGGACAACCAAGCCAAGUACAAUGUUUACCUGCCAGACAACAACCUGGAGGAUUACCUCGCCGACGUGAAGAUCAGCAAAGACGAAAUAACCAUGCUCUAUGAGGAUAUGCAUCUGGGAAGGAUGUUUGAAAAUCUGGUUGCAAAACUGUACUAUAGUAAAAGGAUAAACGGGUUCGUGCAUCUGUACAAUGGACAAGAAGCCAUCAGUUCAGGAAUUAUAAAAAAUUUGCUACCCUCUGAUUUUGUCACCAGCACGUAUAGAGACCAUGUGCAUGCCAUUAGCAAAAAUGUUCCUCCAAGGAAGGUGCUUAAUGAGUUGUAUGGGAAUUACUAUGGAAGCACUAACAGAGGCAAAGGUGGAUCUAUGCAUAUUUACAGUAAAAGUGAAAACUUCAUUGGGGGGUUCGGCUUCAUCGGAGAACAGAUUCCCAUCGCCGUCGGUUUGGCCUACAGCAUUUUGUACAAGCGGGAGUUCCCCCUGAGGGGGAAUGUUUCACCAAAUGGGGGUGUUUCACCAAGUAGUAUUUCCUCACCACGUGAAGAUACCAACGUGGUGGUCUGCUUCCUCGGUGACGGGACGGCCAACAUCGGACAGUUCUUCGAGUCACUAAACCUAGCGGCCACGUAUAACCUUCCAAUCCUGUUCGUCAUAGAAAACAACAACUGGGCGAUAGGAAUGGAGGGUUCAAGGAGCUCCACAGAUGAUCUGCAAAACAACUACGCUAAAGGAAGGGCAUUCAAAAUAGACACAUACAAAGUGGAUGGAAACGAUGCCAUAGGAAUAUACAAAUUAGCAAAAAAAAAGAUCAACCAAAUGAGAAGGAGAGAAUGUGGACCCGUACUCAUCGAAGCAAUCACCUACCGUGCGAAAGGACACUCCCUUGCAGAUCCAGACGAAUUGCGCAUACAGGAAGAAAAAGCAUCAUGGAGGAAGAGAGAUCCAAUUGUACAUUUGGCUAGCUACAUGAAAAAAAAAAAUAUCGUUGACGAAUCAUUUUUUGAAGAAAUUAAAAAAAAAACGAAAAAUAUUUUGUUGGAAGCUGAAAUGGACGCUGAGCAGAACCAGAAGAAGAGCCAAAGCGUUAACAUCCCCCAACUGUUGCGGGAAAAUAUUUACGCCCCUUCCGAGAGGGUACCUAUCAAGGAUGAUUACAACCAGUAUGCGAAAUAUGACCACCUCAGUGAUUCGGACCUGGGUGAGUAUUACGAGGCACUUCGAAAAGAGGUGGACAGAAAGCUGCACAACAGAAAGCCGGACCCCUCUGAGCACUUUGCGCGCAAGGACCUCCCCCUGGUCAUCGACUAG